CAUACUGUGUUGGUUACUUUACUCUUUUAAUGGUUCCUAAAAAAUGAUAAUUAUUCUUAUGAUGGCAUUUUUUUUUCCCUCGCGUGUUAACAGUAGUAUUCCAUUUUUAGGAAUUUAGCCAAUAGUCUUCAUCUUUUUGAAGUUAUGUGAUUAAUUUUCUCAUGCUUUCAAACUGAAUCUGUGUUCAAUAAUGUCAAUAGAGGUCUGCCUUCUGCUAACUUGUUGUACCCCCUUUCCUAAACAACUCACAACCCUUUCACCAAAAAUUUAUGUUAUCAUGAUCAACCCCCGAAGUUCACUCUUUGACAGUAAAUGGUGAAAAUCGUAUUAUUUAAUUGAAUCAUGCAUCCAGAUUAUAACCAUUCCUGUAACCCGAUUGGGCACUGCAGUCAGCAUGACAACUGCAAGCCAUCCAUGUACUACAGAGGUCAUGUGGGCAAUGAAAUGCCGCAAGAAAUAUUUCCAGAAUCUGUUGCCUCUUCAAAACCUGUUGCAAAUGAUAAGGACUUCAGCACCUUCGAUAUUGUCAGAGCAACUCAAUAUGGUGCUCUAGAACGGUGUCGUGAGCUGGUUGAAGCAGGGGCAGAUGUGAACCAGCCAGAUAAUGAAACGGUGACAUUAUUACAUUGGGCAGCAAUUAAUAAUAGACAAGACAUAAUCCGAUAUUAUGUUUCAAAAGGGGCAAUUGUUGAUGCUGUUGGUGGAGAUUUGCUGGCUACCCCUCUACACUGGGCAUCAAGGCAGGGACAUCUUGGAAGUGUUGUUACCUUGAUGCAGUAUGGUGCAGAUCCAAGAAUUCAAGAUGCAGAAGGUGUUUCCUGUCUACAUAUUGCAGCUCAGUUUGGACAUACAGCAAUCGUCGCCUAUUUUGUAGCAAAAGGAGUUGAUUUAAAUCUACCAGAUCGAACCGGAAUGACUCCUCUCAUGUGGUGUGCCUACAAAGUUCUAAGCUUGGAUCCGACAAGAUUACUUUUGACUUUCGGUGCAAGCACAACCAUUCAAGACAACAUUUAUGGUAACACUGCUCUUCACUGGGCUAUAAUAUCCAAAAACCACACAGCAAUCUCAACUCUAGUCACCCAUGGAGCAAAUUUAGAAAUACCAAAUGCUCAGGGAGAGACAGCUUUAUCAUUGAUAGAAAAUCAGAAAGCAGCUCCUUGGUUUGGGAAAAAAGUCAUUGAAAAAGUGAAUGAAUUAGUGAAACAAAAACGAUCUCAAAGUUAUAUUGAAAAAUAUCUUAAUGACAAAAGACUUAGGUUUUGGUGUAUGGUCUCUAUUCCGUUCAUAGUAUUUUAUGCUGUUGGAACCAUUCUCCAGUCAAACUUAGUCUAUAUAUCGAAAGUAGCUUUAAUAGUCUGUGGUUAUAUCAUGAUCAGUUUUAUUGGUCGUUAUAUCUGUGAUGAUCGCUUGAUGUUCUACCUACCAAUCUCAAUAUAUCUUGCUACCAAGUUUUGGAUGUAUGUGACAUGGUUGUUGUGGAUCUCAGCGGCCGUUGAUUUUUCAGUUUCAUUUCUAUUUCUAGCAACAUCAUUUCUUCUUUGGUAUAAUUUUUUAAAUGCAUGGAGAGGUGAUCCAGGAGUCAUCUACAGUUCCCAGGAUCAAAAAUACAGGACAAUUAUUGAGCUGGCUGAAAGAGGAGGGUUUGAACCUCGACUUUUUUGCAGUACGUGUCUCGUUCGCAAACCUAUCAGAUCAAAACAUUGCUCUGUUUGUAACCGCUGUGUGGCAAAGUUUGAUCAUCACUGUCCUUGGAUAAAUAACUGUGUUGGUUCAGAAAAUCAUCGAUUCUUCGUCGGUUACUUAGUCAUGUUAGUUGUAAUGUGCUUUUUUAUACUCUUUGGUACGGUUGUAUUUUGGAAGAAAUUCUGCGAUUAUGAUGUCCUUGUUGACUUAAAUUUUUUUGAAGUUCUCUGGAUGAUGGGUCGAUGCGACGCGUGGCUCGCCUGGGUCGCUUUAAAUGCUUUUGUCCAUUCUUUUUGGGUCCUUAUGCUUCUGUCAUGUCAACUGUAUCAGAUAUCAGUCUUGGGUAUGACAACAAAUGAAAGGAUGAACGCCCCUCGUUAUCGUCAUUUUGUAACAGUUGGAUCAAAAGUUCGCAGCCCAUUCCAUCGAGGUUACCUUCAAAAUAUUGUUGAUGUGACUAAGCUAGAAUGUUUUGGCCUUGCUCGUCCUGAUCCGACGGACUGGAGGACCAAAUAUGAGUUCAGCCAAACAAUCGAACAGGAGCCGCUUUUGUUUUCUAAAGAUCUACACGAUGUUUAAACUUUAGCAUGGUAGUUGCCACAGCUUAUUUGGAACCCUGCCAGUAGAAUAAGCUGAAUGACAGGCUCAGCUAGCAGAGCUUGCAGCGUUCAAAAGUGGUUCAAACCAUCGCUUGAUCUGACAAGCAAAUGCACUUGACAUGAAGAAUUUGUUUUGCUGUUAGUACUCCUUGUGAGGUAUCUUUUUUCUUGACAGAAAUAUUUUCUCUCUCUAUAGAUGAGAGAUUUUCUUUAAAACUUUAUAAGACCAUGUUAAUUACUAACCUAUUUUGAAAGUCUUACUACCCAUAUGAAUGAUUCGAUUUGUGUGUGUUUUUUUAUGUAUCAUUAUAUACCUUGAACUUUAAUGUGAACUAAGUCUUAAUAUGGCACAUCAUUGGUGCAGUGUUCCCUUACUUUUGUAGGAUUUUUAAUGUUUUUACAGGCCAUAGAUUGCACAAGUUAGCAUGAAAGUUGGGCGAAAAUUUAUGCAUGAAAAAUCAAUUCAGGAGAAAACGUUGAUAUUUCUUAUCCACUUUCUCCCGAUCAUGGAUAAAGACUUUCCAAUAAAAUACUUGUCAGUAUUUGAAGCAAUAAGUUACAAUCAGUUUUUUUUGCCAAUAAAUUGUGUACAUUCCAAUUUAAUCAGAUAGUUUUGAGCCGCAAACGUGUCAGUUGAAAAAAUUAAGUAGUUUUUCAAAAAACUCCAUUAUUUGAACCAUUAGCUUUAAACCGAUGUAAAGGUUCAGUUUAACAUAUUUGGACAUGUCUUCUGUGAAAUGUCUGUACAGUUCUCCUCUGAACAAUGGUGCUAAUAUCUCAACUUUGAGUUCUCCAGCAUCAAAAUCCUUUUUCCUGUAAAUGCUCAGAAAUUAUAAGUGAACGAUCCAGUGCUGCUGCCUCUCAGCAAGUUCAAGUCCUUUUUUAGAAAGAGAAUGUUUGGAUCCCAUGUCUCAUCAGUCUGAGAUGUGGAUGAGGCCAUAAGCGUUUGAUUGUUUUUAUCAUGG